GCUCCCCAAAAGCCGGGCUGCACGCCGAAACGGGGGGGUGACAGCUCACCGUCGCCAGACCCUGCGCUGGGGGAGCUGCUGCCCGGAGGAUGCUCCGCUGCUUGGCAUCAAGGAGCUGCUGUUAAAAAAGGAGGUGGACGGGGCUUCUCCUUGGGAGGGAAGAGAUGUGCUUUCUGCCCGCGUAUGCUGCCUGGAGAUGACAACCAAAAGGAAAAUUAUCGGCCGCUUGGUGCCCUGCCGGUGUUUUCGUGGGGAAGAAGAAAUCGUCUCAGUGUUAGAUUACUCUCACUGUGGCCUACAGCAGGUGCCAAAGGAGGUUUUUAACUUUGAACGGACGUUAGAGGAGCUUUACCUAGAUGCCAAUCAAAUUGAAGAGCUACCUAAGCAACUGUUCAACUGUCAAGCUUUACGCAAACUGAGUAUACCAGACAAUGACCUUUCAAGUCUGCCAACCACUAUUGCUAGCUUAGUUAAUCUCAAAGAACUUGAUAUCAGUAAAAAUGGAAUUCAAGAUUUUCCAGAAAAUAUUAAAUGUUGUAAGUGUUUAACAAUUAUUGAAGCCAGUGUCAAUCCAGUCUCUAAGCUGCCAGAUGGCUUCACACAACUUCUAAAUUUGACCCAGCUCUAUCUAAAUGAUGCCUUUUUGGAGUUUCUUCCAGCUAACUUUGGAAGACUUGUCAAAUUGCGAAUUUUGGAGUUAAGAGAAAAUCACUUGAAAACUCUACCAAAGUCAAUGCACAAACUGACUCAACUGGAGAGACUUGAUCUGGGCAAUAAUGAAUUCUCUGAGCUGCCUGAGGUUCUCGAACAAAUACAGAAUCUAAAGGAAUUGUGGAUGGAUAAUAAUUCUUUGCAAAUACUACCUGGGUCUAUAGGGAAGUUAAAACAGCUCGUGUACCUGGAUGUGUCAAAAAACAGGAUAGAAACUGUUGAUUUGGACAUAUCAGGAUGCGAAGGACUUGAAGAUCUCCUGUUGUCAUCCAAUAUGUUGCAGCAACUGCCAGACUCCAUAGGACUGUUGAAAAGGCUUACAACUUUAAAAGUAGAUGACAAUCAGCUUACGAUUCUGCCAAAUGCAAUUGGAAAUUUAUCUUUAUUAGAAGAAUUUGACUGCAGCUGUAAUGAGUUGGAGUCCUUGCCCGCUACCAUCGGCUACCUUCAUAAUCUGCGGACCUUGGCUGUGGAUGAGAAUUUCCUCCCUGAGCUGCCCAGAGAAAUUGGAAGCUGUAAAAAUGUAACAGUGAUGUCUCUGCGCUCUAACAAGCUAGAAUUUCUUCCUGAUGAAAUUGGUCAGAUGCAGAAGCUGAGAGUGUUAAAUCUGAGCGAUAACAGACUGAAGAAUUUACCGUUCACUUUUACUAAACUUAAAGAACUUGCAGCUUUGUGGCUUUCUGACAACCAGUCCAAGGCUCUCAUUCCGCUGCAAACGGAGGCUCACCCAGAGACAAAGCAGAGAGUGCUGACUAACUACAUGUUUCCCCAGCAACCCCGCAGUGAUGAAGAUUUCCAGUCAGACAGUGAUAGUUUUAACCCUACUUUAUGGGAGGAGCAGAGACAACAACGCAUGACUGUUGCCUUUGAAUUUGAAGAAAAAAAGGAAGAGGAGGAAAAUGCAGGGAAGGUUAAGGUUGAAAUAAAUCUAAAACGUUAUCCCACUCCAUACCCGGAGGAUUUAAAGAAUAUGGUAAAAUCAGUUCAAAAUCUGGUGGGCAAAACAAGCCAUGGAGUACGGCCUGAGAACUCAACACCAACUGCGAACAGUGAACAAACUGUGAAAGAAAAGUAUGAGCACAAGUGGCCCAUGGCACCAAAGGAGAUUUCAGUGGAGAAUCACUGGAGUACCUUUAACAACCAAAUGUCAGGGCACAGAGAUCCCCAUAGUGUCUCCGUUAGCGAUGCCUUUGGACAUCCUGCCAGUGAGAUGAGGAUAGGGGAACUUCGUCCUUCCAUGCCGGAGACUCCGUUGUACCCACCCAAACUUGUUCUUCUGGGUAAAGAGAAGAAAGAAUCGACAGACGAGUCUGAAGCAGAUAAGAUCCAUUGUCUGAAUAACAGCGUUUCCUCAGGCACUUACUCAGACUAUUCCCCUUCCCAGGCUUCCUCAGGGUCCUCCAACGCGCAUGUUAAAAUGGGGUCCUUGCAGACAACGGCUAAAGAAGCAGUGAAUAACUCUUUGUGGGGGAACAGGCUGGCACAGUCCUUUCCACAGCCCCUUGAAACAAAGCCAUUGCUGAGCCAGCGGGAAUCCGCCCCGGCGGGGAACCUGCCGCCGCGCACCGACAGGCGCCCGCUGAGCGACACCUUCGCCGACAGCUGGAACGACGGCUCGCACUACGAUAACACGGGGUUCGUGGCGGAGGAGAGCACGGUGGAGAAUCCCAGUGCUAACCCCCUCCUGAGCACGAAAACGAGAAGCACAUCCGCGCACGGGCGCAGGCCGCUGAUCAGGCAAGACAGGAUAGUUGGCAUUCCCCUGGAGCUGGAGCAGCCGACGCUCAGAAACACACACGAAUCUGAAGUGCCUCCUCCCAAUCCUUGGCAAAAUUGGACCAGAACCCCUAGUCCUUUUGAAGACAGGACAGCUUUUCCUUCCAAACUGGAAAGCACCCCCACCACCAGCCCUUUGCCUGAGCGGAAAGAUCACGUCAAGGAGUCCCCCGAAAUGACUAGCACUUUCGCUCCAGGAAUAGCGUGGGAAUAUCACGAUUCAAAUGCCAACAGAAGUCUCACCAACGUCUUUUCCCAUAUCCACUGUCGCCCAGAUCCUUCCAAAAGCAUUAUUUCGAUCAGCAAGAGUACGGAACGGCUUUCUCCCAUGAUGAGGGAUUUAAAAACUAACAAGUUUAAGAAGUCGCAAAGCAUCGAUGAGAUAGACAUUGGUACGUACAAAGUGUAUAAUAUACCCUUAGAAAACUAUGCAUCUGGUAACGAUACUGUAGGAACCCACGAGAGGGUGGACAAGCUCCUGGGCCCGGAGCACGGCAUGCUGAGCAUGUCCCGCAGCCAGUCGGUCCCCAUGCUGGACGACGAGCUGCUGACCUACGGCAGCGUCAAGGUGCAGCCGCAGCAGAAGUCGUCCGUCACGAAGAAAGUCUACCAGUUCGACCAAAGCUUCAACCCGCAGGGAGCGGUGGAGGUCACGGCGGAGAAGAGGCUCCCGCCGCCUUUCCAGCUCAACCCCGAGUACAUUCCCCAGCAGAGUAAAAACCUGCCCCAGGAGCUGGUCAGCCCCAGGGCUUACCGCGGCUACCCGCCCGUGGAGCACAUGUUCUCCUUCUCCCAGCCUUCGGUGAACGAGGAGGCGGCGGGCGGCCCCUUCGCGAGCCAAGGGGCUCGGCCGGGGUUCUUGAGGAGGGCGGAUUCCUUGGUCAGCUCCACCGAGAUGUCCAUGUUCAGGAGAGUCAGCGAGCCCCACGAGCUGCCCCCGAGCGACAGGUACGGCCGGCCUCCGUACCGAGGAGCUGCGGAGCGCCAGAGCAGCAUCUCGGUCUCCGAGUCUCAGUUCCUCAAGAGGAACGGCCGGUACGAAGACGAGCAUCCUUCCUACCAGGAAGUGAAAGCCCAGACUGGAAGCUUUCCAGUUAAAAACCUGACACAAAGGAGGCCGUUGUCUGCACGAAGCUACAGUACAGAGAGUUACGGCACAUCCCAAACCAGGCCGGUUUCAGCGAGGCCUACAAUGGCAGCUCUGCUGGAAAAGAUACCGUCAGACUAUAACUUGGGUAACUAUGGCGACAAGCCUUCCGAUAACAGUGAUAUAAAGACAAGGCCUACCCCUGUGAAGGGAAAUGAGAGCUGUGCUAAAAUGCCCGCUGACUGGAGACAACAGCUACUUAGACAUAUAGAAGCUAGAAGGUUAGACAGGACCGCUGCUUACAAACACAACACAGUUAGCCUUGGCAUGCUGCACUCUGGAGGUUUUUCAGCAAUGCAUGCCGGCAGAAGCAUGACUUUAAACUUGCAGACUAAAUCUAAAUUUGAAAACCAAAUGCUUCAAGAGCUACCUCUACCGAAAACCCCGUCGCAGCAGAGCAGCAUCCUGGACAACGGGCAGGAGGAGGUGUCCGUGAGCGGCCAGUGGAACCCCUACCCGCUGGGCCGGCGGGACGUGCCCCCCGACACCGUCACCAAGAAGGCAGGUAGCCAUAUCCAGACUUUAAUGGGGUCGCAAAGCCUGCAGCACCGGAGCCGCGAGCAGCAGUACGAGGGAAACAUGAACAAAGUCACCAUUCAGCAGUUCCAGCCGCCGCUGCCCAUUCAGAUUCCCUCUUCCCAGAGCUCCCGGGCACCUCAGACGGGGCGAUGUUUGAUCCAAACCAAGGGCCAGAGGAGUACGGAUGCCUAUCAGGAGCAGUUUUGUGUGAGGAUAGAGAAGAAUCCUGGCCUUGGUUUUAGUAUCAGUGGUGGAAUAAGUGGACAAGGAAAUCCAUUCAAACCUUCCGAUAAGGGUAUCUUUGUUACUAGGGUUCAGCCUGACGGACCAGCAUCCAGCCUGCUCCAGCCUGGCGACAAGAUCCUCCAGGCGAACGGACACAGUUUUGUACAUAUGGAACACGAGAAAGCUGUAUUACUACUGAAGAGUUUCCAGAAUACAGUAGACCUAGUUAUUCAACGUGAGCUUACUGUCUAAAUAUUUUUUUAUAAAUAGUAAAUAUGUCUAGCCAGAUCUAAUGUUCAAACGGAUUUAUACAUAGGAAACAAAUUUUUGCCAAUUGCUGGACCAAUGGCAAACAGUAGUGCCAAAUGUAUAAUACUAUAUGUUAGUACCAAUCAUCUUGAAAAAAAAAUAUAUUAACGAUAUAAAUAUAUUGUUCAUGUGGCUAUGUAUUAGUUUUACUUGUCAGCCUCUGGCUGUGCAUUGGUGCGUUUUUUUAAUCAAGUUACUUCUUAAAGUCAAUUUCAUAUGAUUUCAAAACACAGAAGCACAUACAAAUUCUUUAGGAAUUCUGCUGUCCAUCAGAAACACUGCCUCAAAGUUGUAUAUGCCUUUAUAAAGAUAAAAUAUAUUAACCUGUACUUCCCAUGAAAUAUUUCUAUCAUGUCACAUACAAAAAUAUAGAGAAAAAAUAUUUUCAUAAACACCUCAAAGAAAGUAUAUAUUAAAUUAAAUUUAAUAAUGUUCAUUUAUUUUCAAUGCAAAGAUAUUAUAUGCCUUAUGAAAAUACCUGUACAUAUGCAGUGUGUAUAGCUGGCUCCAUAUUAAUUAGUAAAAAUGUCACUACACAGGGUGAGCUACUUAAUAAAUCAUACUGUCAACUCUG